AUGGCCUCUUUCAACACUUCGGUCCAGCCUGGAGACUAUUUUCAGACAGAUACUUCAAUAGCCGAGACGGAUAGAAAAUCCCGAAAGGCGGCGAAUAACAAAGGUGAUCCGGUCAAGUUCCCCACAAAGAUAUUGGCUGUUCAAGUCAACUAUCUGUUCGAUGCCAGCGGCGAUGUGUUGUUCGUCGCAGAGGCUGGUGGUUCAAUCAAAGGCCUGAGAUUGUCUACAAAUGAGAUCUCUUCUACUCCACGGGGUCCCCAGGCGCCCUUAACCUGCCUGGCAACACAGGCAACCAAAACAGCAUCUGACCCAUUCACCACAAUGCGCAUAUUUGCAGGCUGCUGGGAUAAAUCCAUCUGGAACUAUACGUUUCGAUUUGCCGAGCAGACGAAUCAGGGUCGCACUGUAACUGAGCAUACUUCGUUUGAGGCUCAUCGAGACUUUGUCAAAUGUCUUAUUGUUGCCCGGACUCCAGAUAAGCAGGAGAUACUUUUAUCAGGAGGAGCUGACGGUGAUAUACGCUUCUGGACGCUCGAUGGACAGCCAUGCGGCAGCUUGAAGCCUGCCUCCAGGGGGAUCGAGGAUUUGGCCCUGGACCCAUUAUCUUCGCCGGAUAAUCCGAUAGUAUUCUUUUCCACCUCGAAGCGAGAGAUCUUUUCCUUUGCCUUACCUGAAUUUUCCAAACUCAAAACCACUCAAAUUCAACUGUCAGCACCCAUACUGGCUCAUGAAACCAGUGUGUAUAAACUUCACUUUGAUGACGACGGGGAUCUUUGGACAGCCUCGGCUGACAAAACGGCAAAACAUCUGUCACGAAAUCAUAACUGGGCUUCAGACACGACACUGCAACAUCCAGAUUAUGUUCGAGACGUGGUGACCCAUGACGGUUAUGGCUGGGUGGUAACUGCUUGCAGGGACGAGGAGAUCCGGGUGUGGUAUAAAGCCACUGGGGACCUUCACCACAUAUUUACAGGACACUACGAGGAAGUGACUGGGUUGGCCUUGACAAAUGAUCUAGUUAUCAGUGUCAGCAUUGAUGCCACUCUACGAAGAUGGAGCCUUGCACCAGCAGAUCUUCAAGCGGCAGUUGAUGCAGCGAAGAACCCGCAAUUACUUGAACAAGAGCCCGAGCCUAGCAAUGAGCUGCCAAUGUUGACGGAAGAAGAGGAGGCCGAAUUGCGGGCGUUGAUGGAGGAGGAAGAAAGUGAGCUCUUGGAGAAAAUGGCUUGGGAUGAGCAAUGA